AUGAGCACACAGACCGCGGCAUUUCUCGGCACGAAAGCCCAACCGGCCUCUUCGUCAGUCCAGAAGGUGUUCAAUGGCCAGGACACAACAGCCGCAUCGGUACCCUCUAAAGAAGAAAUACAGCUGGAGUUGCUGAAAUUGGAAAAAUCGCUGCAGCAGGCUACGUCUCUGCACCAGCUGGUGAGACUGUUAGGGCAGAUCGACUCGAAACAACAGCAAUUAGACUACAUUCUUCACAGAUUCACAAACAAACGGUAUGUGGCCCACGGCUCGUCGAUUCGCGCGUUGGAGAUCAGCAGAGUGGAGCUGUCGACCACGCUGAGCCAUUCGCGGUCGCUCAAGAAAAUCAUGGACAACGCGUCGGCGCUGAGCUCGAAAAUCACCGAGAGAGUGAGACUGCUCGACUCGGAAAAAUCAAAAAUCAAGGCUACCAAGGAGUACGUGGAAAACGUCAGAACGUUAAAGUACGAGGUGCAAAAGGCGGAUGCGGCAAUCAAACAGCAGGACUGGCUGGCCGCAGCCACGUCGAUUGACGCCGUCCGCAACCUGCCCCCUGGUCUGAUCAACGACGAGUUUGUCGAGUUCAUCGUCCCCACUAGCGACCUGCCCGAGAUGCCGAGCGUUCUGCUAGAUUCUUGGAUCUCGGAACUGAACAACAUAUUUCUGAGCGAGUUCAACGAGGCUGCUGCCAAAAAGGACGUGCAGAGACUCACCUACUUCUUCCAGCUGUUCCCUCUCAUCGGCAAGAGCGACGUCGGGCUCAGUUGCUACUCGAGGUUCAUCUGCAAUAUUAUUAGCGACCAGUCGAGGACCAAUUUGAGGAGCGUGCAAGGAAAGGACGUGCAUUCGAGCUUCUAUGCGCAGGUGCUGUUCCAGCUGUACCAAACCAUUGCCGAUAUCGUUCACCAGCAUUCGCGCAUCAUCACCAAAUACUACGGAAAAGGUGUGCUCCCGAAAGUAUUGAGUGCAAUACAGACGGAAUGCGAUCUUCAGAGCGGCCUCAUUUUUGACACCUUCUGGGACGCCAAAAACCUGGACAGGGCGAUUAACGAUAUCAAUAACUACGGGUACCCAAUUCUCGUGGGGUCGAUUUUGAGGAAUAUCCAGACAGACGAGGAAUUACAGGACGACAAUGUGGUAGUUUCUCUUGCCGAGGUUUCGAGUCUGAUCGACGAGCUCUCUGCGAUGCUCAACCAUUGGGCAAUGUACUGCAAGUUCUUUGUCGUCUCCUGGAACGAGGCUAUCGAUACAUCGAGCAAGGCGGACGCUGUUUAUCCGCAGCCGUUGCUGUUGAGCACGUUUAUGGAGAAAAUUCACAAGAAAAUCACCAGAAGCUUUGACCAGCUCUGCACGUUUGCUAUCCGAAGAACUAUAGAGAAGGCGUUUCUUCUGGAAAACCUCCCUGACAUCACCCCACAGCUCCAGCUCUGUGUCAGGUACCUAGCAUUAGCCACGAAAACAAACGCCUCCACCAAUCAGUCACUACUUUCCCUAACUCCCGACGACCCGCCAGUCACAUCGAUGGUCGAGGAUAUCACUAUUUCGCUGAACCUGAUCAUGUUGCAGACCAUCACCACUGGAGAAUUUUUCACGAUCAAGAACAUGAUGUCCAACACCAGGAGAAUCCUCGAAAACGACUUCCUCAAUAUCAUGAAGAAGAAACUCACCGACUCGCAGCCGAGACCAAACUCGGUCUUGCUCACGCCUCAAGCUAUCCAGUCUCUGCAUACCAAUAGCCGGACCAGUCUGCCUAUCAACCAGAAGGGCGGGUCUUCGACUCUGAUGACCCCAAGAAGCGGCACUCCGCCAAUCGGAGGCAAGGACAUUAAUUCUGGAAAUUUAUUCAUGAAAAGCGCCACCUCCGCAUUGAACGCAGCCAUGAACUUGAGCGGUGUUGAGACAGAGACGUCAGACAAGUUGCAGCAGUUUGUCAUUGUGCUCAACUCGAUCAGCGUUUUCCAGGAGUAUCUGGACAAACUGUCCAACAAUUUGGUGGCAAAACUCGAAAACGACAAUCUUCUGAUCGUGGACGACCAGGAGUUCGGUCAAGUUCGCGCGUCCAUGGAGAGAGACCCAAACACAGACAUACAGCUUCGUGUGGAUCUCAACAACGGCGAGGGGACCGAGGAUAGUCCGUCAGUUAGAGACAGGCUGAAAUCGGUGGUGAUGACGUUGAGCACGUCCUUCAUCGAAAAAUCAGAGGUUGUGCUCAAAGAGAACAUAAAGACGAUAUUCAACCAGAACUUUCGGUUCAAGCUGUCCAAGAUGGUUAGCGAUGUGCUGAAAGAGAGUGACUAUUUGAUUUCCUCUGAUAUUCUGGCUCUGAGCUCGACGUCGGAGGUCAUGGUCAACUUCAUCAGGGAAUGGAACUCGCUGAUCAUUCCGUAUCUCACCAUAUUCACCAGGGCCAACUUCCAAGCAUUGCUGCAAUUGGUGGUGUCGAACCUGGCAUCCGCAAUGGAACAGAAAAUCUGGUCCAUGGAGAGAAGAUGCAACGAACUGGGAGCAGCAAAGCUGGAGAAAGACGUGUCGACCAUCAUCAGCGAGGUCACCAAGUACGACUACAGUCUGCGAGACAAUUUCAUUCGGAUCACCCAGAUAGUCAUGAUGCUGGGGCUGGACGACGACGACGAGGUAGACGAACUCAGUGAUCUCGAGUGGGCCCUGACUCCCGCAGAGCGGAGCAGGGCAAGAAACUUGCGAAUAGAUAGAAAAUAA